AUGUCCGCGGUCUUCUGGGGCGACCAGUCCCAGCAGGAGCUUGAAGGCAUGUCGCGCGACUGCGUUAUUCGAACGGCCAAUGGCGGGGAGUUUAGGGUCCACCGCGGAUUUCUGGGCGCAUCGAGUCCCGUCUUUCAGGCCCUCUUCUCCGUGAACCAAGGGGGCCGUUGCGAUGUUCUGCUACAGGACGUGUCGGCUUCCACGAUGGACGCUUUGCUCGGCUACUGCUAUUCGAAUAAGCUGUGUCUCAACGAAAACAACGUGACCGAGAUUCUGGCGACAGCAGACAUGCUGCUCAUGGACGAGGCGCGCAACCAGUGCUUGCACUACUUGCUGCACAACCUGAGGAUCGAGAACUGUCUGGGCAUCGCCUCCUUGGUGCAGUGGUACCACUGCCCGAACUUCAGCAAAGCAGUGCUGAGCUACGUGCGCGAGCACUUCGACCAGGUGUGGCGUACAAGCGACGAGUUUCCGGUGGUCACCGAAUCGCUGCUCGUCGAACUACUUUCCUCCAACGAACUGAACGUGCACGACGAAGUGGACCUCCUGCACGCCAUAGUGCGAUGGUCAUCGGCGAGAAGUGCGUUUGCGGGAGGGGUUGGUGCAACUAUGUCGAGGCUGCUGCAGUCAUUCCGGGUCGGCCUCUGCGACUCAUUGGCGCUGGAAGACUUCUGCCGCUCGCAUCCGACGCUGGCGUGCAGCCGCGCGUUCAGCCAGGUUGUGUGGGAACCACAGCAGCAGGGCCCCUGCCUGUGCUCGCCUAGCCCGCUCCUGCUGGUGCAGUGCGCUGCCCGCUGCAGCUCUCCAGGAGCAGCGGACGCGGUGCCCCCCUUCGAUGGCUACGGCGACAGCAGCAACACCAACGAACAUCGUUCCCGCAGCUUGAGUGCGAGCGCUGUGGCUCGGCGCGCAACCCUGAGCGCUGGCUGCCAGCGCAUGCCGUACCAGAUGCUCUUCGUAGUAGGCGGCUGGAGCGAAGGCCGCGAGCGUGACACGAUCGAGACGUACGACUCCAGGCCGGGACGCUGGCUCAUGAAUCACAUGCAGGGAUUCAAACCCAGGGCGUACCACGGCGUGACGUUGAUGCAGAAUCGUUUAUACGUGGUGGGUGGCAUGCGAGACACUGAAUACCUGCGCUCUUGCGACUCCUUCGACAUCAAGCGCUGCACGUGGGAGACCUGCUCCAGCAUGAACGUCGCUAGAGGCUACGUCUCCGUUGUGGCUCUGGGCGGUUACGUGUACGCCAUCGGAGGUCGAAACGACACUGAACGCACAGCCUCCGUGGAGCGCUACGACCCGUGUGUCAACCAGUGGAAACCAGUGUGCGCCAUGAACAAGAGGCGAAGUGACGGAGCUGCUUGCGUCUUCAGAGGCAAGAUAUACGCCAGUGGCGGCUUCGAUGGCGAGAAAGUGCUCAGAAGUGUAGAAAUGUACUCGCCCAGCCACGAGACGUGGUGCCUGGUGCGGUCAUUACCAAGUCCCCGCUGCAGCCACCAGAUGGCGGUGGUUGGUGACCGGAUGUACAUCAUCGGUGGAUACGAUGGCCGUCGACGGCUGAGCACAGUGAUGUGUGCCGGCGAUGAGGGGCCACUGUUUUGGCGCCUUGUGUGCCCCAUGAGAAUUGGUCGCAGCACCUUUGCCGCAGCGUUGUUCGACGGCGAGCUUUAUGUCAUCGGUGGCUUCGACGCGGAGGUGGAACGCUAUUGCCCGUCCUCCGACAGCUGGCAACCCGUGGUGCCGCUGAACGAAGCGGUCUCUGCCAUGGCCGCCUGCACACUGAAGGGCCUCGCCAUCUCCAGGCGCUUCUCCGCCGGCGCCGAGCGCUAG